UAGAAUGCGUGAGUUUUUUGUGAUUGGUUUGUCAAUUUUGGAGCUAUUGGUUUUCACCGGAUAUUUUUACUGGUUGGCGGAUUGUGCGAGUGGGUUGGAAGAAAAUAGCAAAACGUUUUGCAAGUUGGUCAAGUAUUCCAGUUUCGAGGGUCGAAAUAAAGAUGGUGGGAAGGAUCUUCAAAUUGUUCUGGAACAUAUUAAGCUCUAUCAGUCCCUCGUUUCAUUGCAGCCGAUAUCAAUACGAAAUUCAGUUUUGGAUUUGAAUUUACGGCUUCUGGUUUCGAUGGUAGCGGCAAUGACGACAUAUUUGGUGGUGAUUGUACAAUUUCAAGUUGGAGAUACUUCAUAAUAUUUUGCCUAUUUAAUUUUGUUCAAUCAUUUAGAAAAUGUCUAUUUUUGAGCGUCAAUGUAAUCCACC